CGAUGGCGGCCAUUCGGAAGAAGCUGGUGAUCGUGGGGGACGGAGCGUGCGGGAAGACCUGUCUGCUCAUCGUCUUUAGUAAAGACCAGUUCCCCGAGGUCUACGUGCCCACCGUGUUCGAGAAUUACAUCGCCGACAUCGAGGUCGACGGAAAACAGGUGGAGCUGGCACUGUGGGACACAGCAGGCCAGGAGGACUAUGACAGGCUGAGGCCUCUGUCCUACCCUGACACAGAUGUCAUCCUCAUGUGCUUCUCCAUCGACAGCCCUGACAGCUUAGAGAACAUUCCGGAGAAGUGGACUCCUGAGGUGAAGCACUUCUGUCCCAACGUUCCCAUCAUCCUGGUGGGCAACAAGAAGGACCUGAGGAACGAUGAGCACACCAGGAGAGAGCUGGCCAAGAUGAAGCAGGAGCCAGUGAAGCCUGAGGAGGGCAGGGACAUGGCCAACCGCAUCAGUGCCUUCGGCUACCUGGAGUGCUCCGCCAAGACCAAGGACGGCGUGCGCGAGGUGUUUGAGAUGGCCACUAGGGCGGCGCUGCAGGUCCGCAAGCGCAAGAAGAGAUCCGGUUGUCUGCUGCUAUGAGCUGUCAGCACAGCUCAUAAACAACAACAACAACAUCAACAUCAACACACAAGAGUGACUGAGCAGUACCACACUUCGUACUGUAUGACAUAUCUCACAUUUUACGCCAAGCGGAUGAACGUGCUGAAUCCUGGAAGGAACAGUGGAAGGAUGGGUUUUAGGACGACGCAGGUUCAAAAUGGCUGUUUCAACUGCUUGUGUUUAGCUUGUUUCCUUCAAUGACACAAUCUGUCCUUUUCCUGACGAUAUUCCUGUUCCGGUUUUUCCUCCACUUAUCCACUGAGAAGAGUUUGUGUUUGUCUGCAACGUUAGCUUGUUUUUCCCAGAGACCAUUUUCCCCCUUUAAUCUUUGGUUAAAUCUUUCUGAAUGACACCUUGUUUCAUGGGGUGAUCCAGGGAACCAGACUAGUUGAGGUGAAGAGGCUCUCGUUUCCUGCUAGAUGACCACCGUUAAGGCCAGAGCCUUCUUUCAGAGGCAGUGCUGCUGACAUCUCUGUAAGGCUUGUAGGACAAGCACUGUGGACCUCACCUCACACACACUGCUGAAAUCUCUGAGUAACACACUCUGGUUUUAAACCUUUGGCUCUGUUCUUGGUUAGCACAUCGUAGCAUUUAUUAAAAGGUUAGUCCACACCCCAAACACGACAGCGGUAUUGUGAUGCCUCAGAAGCUUGAAAGCAGAGAGCCCAACUACACUCAAACUGUACACUUGUACCAGCCUCCUGGGCCUGAGAACAGCCAGACAGGGCCGUCCAGACAGCCAGGGCCGUCCGGACAGACAGGGCCGUCCGUCCGGACAGGGCCGUCCGGACAGACAGGGCCGUCCGGACAGCCAGGGCCGUCCGGCCAGACAGGGCCGUCCGGCCAGACAGGGCCGUCCAGACAGACAGGGCCGUCCAGACAGACAGGGCCGUCCAGACAGACAGGGCCGUCCAGACUGCCCCUCGCUACAUGACUCACCUCUGCACGCAGGCUGGGGGCCAGGGAGGAGACGUGUUCAAAGUGCUGUCACAUGGUCAAUUUAUCUUUUCUGGGAAACCACCCCUGUUUGUUUGUGUCUGCAGGUUUCUGUUGAGUACUUCUCCCCCUCUCUCCUAGAGUGACAACUUUCUUUUGUGUUCUAUAACGAGAAUCAGUUUUUAGAAUGAGAACCACACGUGUUUCUGUUGUUGUUUUUUUAAUGAGAACUUCAAGUGUGUUAGAACUAUAACCUACGUUUGUGUUCUUGAACGCAGGUGUGGGUGUAGAGUACUAGAAUGUUAACCAACCUGUUCUAGAAGGAGAAUGUCUUUGUGUGGUAUCUCGGUUGCCAGGGUUACAUCAUUGUGGCACUGGGUGGCCAUGUCGGAGCUGAUCCUUGGUUCUAGAUCCCAGAUCCUGGGUUCAGGUCUGACUGCAUUCCAGAAUAGAAACGACUGGAAAGUUUGUUAGGGUUUGUUAGUCUUCUUCCAGUGCCUUCUCUUACCAGGCCAGACGUGUGCCUUUGGCGUUCCCGUGGAGACGAGGGGCUGGUGGCGUUAGGGAGGGAGGGGGGGGCGACCUGAUGACACAGUCCCGUCAGACACCUCGCAUGGCCCGCAGGCCACGUCCUGCUUUAGGGUCAGGAUCAGGGUUAUUAGGGUCAGGAUCAGG